AUGAAAGGGUCGGAGGACGGGAGCGGAACACCGGCUGGAUCCGUCCGCUGAAGGAAACUCUCUCUGGCGAGCGAAAGCCGGGCUGGUUAGUCGGGAUCGCGACCGCCUUACGUAACUGAGCUUUGUGCUGGAGAGGCAGAGGAGGCUGUGUGAUCACAGCGAGGUGAACAGUGAAAGAGUACAAUCAUCCACUCUCCAUCUCCAUCCACUUAUCAUGAUCGGUGAAGGCGCCGUCUCCCAUCACCACUGAGCACGUCGAGAUGAAUGAGGUUCGCAGGCAGGGAGGAGGGGCCGUCACUGUGGAGGCUGAUGUCAUCCUCCACGCCGUGAGCCCUGACCUCGUCACACCCUCCGACAAUGAUGGAAAUGUAUGUCCAGGUUACGUCCAAGGAUUCCUGCAGGACGACAAGGAUUUCAGCCCUCCUCCAGUGUUUGAGAAGGAAUACCUGCUGGAUGGAGGACUGAUGGAGAAUAACCACAUCUCUAGAGCGGAUCAGUAUCACCGCUCCAACGAUAAUGGAGGUCCACAACAAAACUGUACAAGCAGUGAAAUCCACAACGGCGCCAGAGCUAAAGUGUCCUUCUGCACAGAUUUCGCCGUAUGCCCGUCUAGCCAAGCCAAGCAGGAGAGCGAUUGGUCGGCCAUAAAAUCCAACCUGGAGCGCACGGACAGCAGCCAGGAAGCUGGAAAUACACCGUCUCAAAAAGAGCCCGAUUUAGUCAUCGAAGUUGGCGGGCAGAAGAUCAACGCCCACAAGUCCGUCCUGGCAGAAAAGAGUGACUACUUUAAAGCACGGCUGUCUCGGGACAUCUUGAAAGUGAAGGGAAUGAGUUACAAGACUUUGUCUACAUUGAUCGACUAUGUUUACACUUCUCAGAUGAAUGUUUCCAAGGCCAAUGUCGUGGAAGUCAUCACUGGGGCCAAAAUCCUCCAGAUCCCCUGUGCCGUCCAGGCGGCCAUGGACUCCAUGUCCGAGCAAAUCACCGUGGAGAACUGCUACGAGAUCCUGACCAUCGCCAAAAAGCAGCGUCUUAGCGAACUGAAGGAGACCGCCUACGGCUUCAUGAGCGACAACUUCCUCCAGAUCCUCAAAGACCCCGCCGUGUACGGGCGCCUGAACGGAUCUGAGCGGGAUCUGGUCCUGAAGAAGAGAAUGGAGGGGAGGCAGACUCUGAUGGUGGCGGAGAUAAACGACGUGUUCGAUCGCGUCGGGAGUCGGCCGCCGAGCCGCUGCGGCAGCCGACCACAGAGCCCAUUGUCGGUUGGGUCUUUGGAGGAGAAUCACAUGAUUUACUACUUUAACGAAACUGCAAAUGACUGGAGGCCUUUAACGGCGAUGCCCGAGGACAUAAACACUAAAGGGUGCGGGAUCUGCACCAUGUUCAACUACCUGUUUGUGGCGGGGGGGAUAAAGGGAUACGGGGACAAGGGCAAGGUUUCAGACAAGGUCUUCUGUUACAACCCCAUCACCAGCCGCUGGGCUGAGGUCAGACCUCUGACCCAGGCCCGUGCCCAGCUAAAGCUCGUGUCUAUGGACGGCUACUUGUACGCCAUUGGAGGGGAAUGUUUGUUUACAGUGGAAAAAUAUGACCCUCGCAUGGACCGCUGGACCGCGGUGGCCCCCUUGCCCAAGGGAGCCUUCGCAGUGGCUCACGAGGCCACAACCUGCAGCGGAGAGCUUUACGUUUCAGGGGGCUCGCUCUUCUACCGCCUCCUGAAGCUCGACGCCAAGCGGGACGAGUGGCAGGAGUGCCCCUACAACAACAGCAGGAAGAAGUCCACCGACAUGGUGGCUUUCAAGAGCUUCAUCUACCGCUUUGACGUCAACCGCGAGCAGGGGAUCACCGUGUUUAAGUACAACAGCAUAGUGAAAAUGUGGCACGACUGCGCAUCGCAGAGGCUCGGAAGCCAUUUACCCUUCAGGUGUGCCGUGAUCGGGAACUGCAUCUACUGUGUGAACAAAAGCCAGACUCUUCAGUUCGUGGUGGAGGAGGAGAACGCCUACUUUGUUGAGGAGGCGCUGAGGGCGCCUCUGGAGGCAAAGGGUGUUCUUUUUCCUUUUGUUCUCACUUUGCCUGAAAAGCCUGAGAAAGUGACAUAG